AUGCCCUUAACCAAACGACAAAAGGAACAGAAAUCAUCAUCAUCAUCGUCAAAACUGGAUCCUAGUAAGAAUAACCAUGAACCCGAUGAAAUACCAGAUGAAGAGAAAUCUAACACCAGGGGCAAAAGAGGAAGUAUAUUUGGAUUAAAGUUUGGAACCUCGAACAAUAAUGUAUCAUCAUCUAUUGGUCAUUCGAGUAUUAUCCAUGAAAAGAAACAUGGUUCCAAUUAUACUGUUGCAGCUAAAGAUUGUAGUGAAUUGGAUCUUGAUCAAAGAAUAAGAAUUCAAAAUAGUCCAGAUAUUCAAUCCCUACAAUUGUUUGUAACCAAGCCUCAAAUACUGCAACCAUUACCUCCUAUUCCUCAAUCACAAACACAAGCUCCACCCCCUAGUAGUUCUUCAACACUUUCAACAAAUAUUUUCAAAAAGAGUUUUCUACUGAGUGUUCCCACCACCCUUAAUGACGAUGAGAAUGAAAGUAGUAACACCACCAAUAACAGUAGCAAUAAUACUAAUGCUGCUACAACAGAGGAAGUGGAAGUUAUGAACCCCUUGGCUCCAUCAGUAGUGGUAGUGGGUAUCCCAUAUCCAGAACCAUUCUUAACUAACCCAAUCAAUCUGUAUAGUCCACAUCCUACAUCGGAACACAGGAAAAGAUCAGCAUUAAUUAAUGGUCCAUUAAUCAACCUAGAUACUUCGUUAAAAGCACCCGUAUCUCAGACAGAAGACUUGGCCUUACUUUAUGCAUUGAAGGAAAUCUUUGAAUGUAUGACGGAAAAUAGAUCUCAAAUUGGUGUUGUUUCUCCACUGCAUUUCAUCACCAAAUUGAAGGAAAAGAACUUUUUAUUCCGUCAAACAAACAUGCAUCAAGAUGCUCAUGAAUUUUUCAAUUACUUGUUGAAUGAAAUAAUUGAAUGCUUAGAUUCGGAAUUGGGACCCAAGAAUAAUUGGUGUAAUAAGAUUUUCCAAGGGGUUAUCACCAAUGAAACCAAAUGUCUUUCAUGUGAAACAAUUACAUCAAGAGAUGAAAAGUUUCUUGAUUUAUCAGUCGAUGUUCCUCGAGGAAAUAGUUCAUAUUCGUUGAAUUAUUGCUUGAAUAACUUCUCUAAGAUCGAGACAUUAAGGUCCCAAAAUAAGUUUUAUUGUAACACUUGCUCGUCGUUACAAGAAGCCACUAAAACAAUUAAAUUGAAAUCAUUACCUGAAACUUUGGUGAUUAAUUUCAAGAGAUUCAAAUACAAUGAAGAAUUAGAUAAAAUGGUUAAGCUUUUCGAUCCUAUAAGUUAUCCCUUCAAAUUAAGAGUGUUCAAUACUACCGAUUGUGAUUCGGAUGAAGAAGACAACGUUGAAGAUGAAGGGUUUGUAUUAUACGAUUUAUAUGCGUUGGUGAUUCAUAUUGGAGGAGGACCAAUGCAUGGACACUAUGUUGCAAUCUGUAAGAUCAAAGCAGGUUUAUGGUUACUUUAUGAUGAUGAAACCGUGGAAUUAGUAGAAGAAUCAUAUGUGAUGAGAUUCUUUGGCAGUGGACCAGGAUUGGCCAGUGCAUAUAUUUUAUUUUAUUCAAAGACUUGUGAACAAGAUCAUCAAGCAGAUUUAUCUAAUGAUGGAGUACAUUUAGGAUUUGAUAUUGCUAAUUUAUAUCAUGGUGAAGAUUAUACUUUGAACGUUAACAAUAAGAGACGUACCUCUGAAAUGUCAUCUACACCUUCUCAUUCUACUACUGCUACUGCAAAGACUAAACAUAGCAUAUUUGGUAGACAUCAAGAAGAUGAGAAUAAUAGUUCCUUUACUACAACAACAACAGCUACUACUACUACUACUACUUCCACUACCACCAAUAAGAAGGAUAAUUUGUUAUCACCUCCAGCCAUUGCAUCAUCUCCAACAUCUAAACCUGAGGAAGACUCUACAUUUACUUUCUCAUCUGAUAUUUCAAGCUUAGACACCGGAAGACAUAGCAGUACCAGCAACAACAGUAACAAUAUUCUCCUCAACAAUACUAACAAUCCUUCUACUACUACUACUACUAAUUAUAAUAACAACAAUAUCAACAAUAACGAUAAGACCCAAUCAGAUCUUAUGCGUCGAACAAGUAUGAUAUUCAAAAAGAGUUUCCGAGUUGAUUCCAUAAAGGAAGAUACCGGAAAGGAAUCUACGUUGAAUAAAACCACAUCUCGAGCAUCAUCAACAAUUCUUCAUACAAUAAAUUCCUCCAAUACUCCAGCAAAGAAGAAGUGGCUUAGUCGUUCUUCCACUAUUAAGUCAGAGCAAACCAGUGCCAGUAAGAAUAGUAGCACAGUAGCAAGUGGCACAGGUUCGAACGCCACCACCCCAGUUAAAUCGGAAAAGAGAUCGAUCUUUGGCUUUAAGAAAAAGCGGUAG